AUGGCCACGCUGUUCCAGACCGAGAACCAAAACCUGCGUGCACGCUCACGCCUCUGUAGCACUGUUGCAUCUCUUCGAUGCCUUCUCCUCCCUGACCACCUCUCCUCGAUCUCUCUCCCGGACGCUUCUCUCCCAUCUCCCAUGCCACCCCACUCCUCCCGCCUCCUCCUGGUGGUGGUGGUGGUGGUUCUGUCCACGUCGGUCGCUGACUCUGUGUCGUCUAGUUCUUGCGACGCGGCCGUCGUCGCGGCGGCGUUCCGGGGCGUGCGCAACUUCCAGGCUCCCGGCGGCGCGCGGGGAUGCCGGCCGGUGAGGGAGCUGCGGCUCCCGUCGCGGAACCUCACGGGCGCCGUGGCGUGGGCGGCGCUCGCCAACCUGUCGGGCCUCGCCGUGCUGGACCUGUCCGGGAACGCGCUCCAGGGCGCCAUCCCGGGCGGCUUCUGGCGCGCGCCGUCGCUCCGGUCCGUUGACGUCUCCGGCAACCAGCUGGGCGGGGCUCUCCGGGUGGAGCCGAGCUCGCGGCUCGAGUCGCUCAACGUGUCUGGGAACCGGUUCACCGCUGUCGCCGGGAUGGACGGGCUCGCCGGGCUGCGCGCCCUCGACGUGUCGGCGAACAGGAUCAGGACGGUGCCACGGGGGCUCACGCGGCUGGUGCGGUUGAGCCGGCUCGACCUGUCCCGGAACUCGAUGCAGGGGAGGUUCCCCGGCGACCUGCCGCCGCUCGGUGGGCUCGGUUUGCUGAACGUCUCGUACAACAACUUCUCCGGCGUGGUGGACGGUGGCGCCGUCAAGAAGUUCGGGCACUCUGCUUUCGCCCACGCCGGCAAUGCUUCGCUAUUGUUCUCCGACAACUCGACGGCGCGGCGGCGACCUCCGCCGCCACCAUCUCAUCCGCCGCACAGAAGUAGCAGGAAGAAUGAUACCGGGACGCCGGAGAAGAGGACGCCGACGAUGAGCAGGAGGAAGCAUUUGAGCGUGGUCACGGUGGCGGUGGCGUGCGGGGUGGUGUCCGUGGCCAUGCUACUCUGCCUCGUCGGGUGCGUGGCGUGUGGAGUGCUGCGGUGCAGGAAGAGGAGAGGCAAGGAGGAGGAGGAGGAGAAGAAGGCGCAUUGGGGCGGGAAGGGCGAAGACGAGGUUGUGGCCGUGGCGGCGGCGGCGGCGAAGGGGGGCUCGGCGGCGCCGGUGGUCCUGUUCGAGCGGCCGCUGAUGGAGCUCACGCUGGCCGACCUCGCCGCGGCCACGUCCGGGUUCGGGCGCGAAUCGCAGCUCGCGGAGCGCCGCGGGCGAAGCGGCGCCGCGUACCGCGCCGUGCUUCCGGGCGACAUGCACGUAGUCGUCCGCGUCGUGGACGGCGCCGUGGCCGGCGUCGGCGAGGACGACGACGCGACGUCCGCGUCGGCCGCGUUCCGCGAGCUCGCGCGGCUCCGCCACCCCAAUAUCCUCCCGCUCCUUGGCUACUGCAUUGCAGGGAAGGAUAAGCUCCUGCUAUACGAGUACAUGGAGAGAGGCGACCUUCACCGGUGGCUGCACGAGCUCCCCGCGGGGCGGCCCGACAUGGAGGACGACGCCGAUGCCGACGCCGGCAUCUUGGAGGCGGCGGACCAGGGCAAGCGGUCCAUCUCCGACUGGCCGACGCGGCAUCGCAUCGCGCUCGGCGUCGCCCGGGGACUGGCGUUCCUGCACCAAGGGUGGGCAGGGUCGUCGGGGCGGCGGCCCGUCGUUCACGGCCAUCUGGUCCCGGCCAACGUCCUCCUCGGCGAGGACCUGGAGCCCCGGAUAUCCGACUUCGGCGGCCACCCCGGCGACGCGACGGCGGAGAGCGACGUGUACAGCUUCGGCGUGCUGGUGCUGGAGCUCAUGACCGGGCAGGCCGGGUGGGACGAGGCGUCCGUGAGCUGGGCGCGCGGCAUCAUCCGCGACCAGAAGGGGCUGGACAUCGUGGACCCCAGGGUGCGCGACGGCGCGCCGGAGGCGGAGCGGGAGAUGGUGGCGUGCCUGCGGGUAGGGUACCUCUGCACCGCCCAGUCGCCGGACAAGCGGCCGACGAUGCAGCAGGUGGUGGGGCUGCUCAAGGACAUCCGGGCGGCACCUGCCACCCCCUCCUCCCCUUGACACGGAUGGUUGUUACAUCGCAUGCUCUGCUAUCGUGACAGUGACAUUAUCGUUACUGAUACGAAUUCGUAGAAGAACAAUACACGUCGCAAUAUUAUUAUAACAAUGAUAUUAUCGUUACGUGAAUUCGGAGAAGAACGAGACACAGGUAUGUCAGUGACGGUAACGUUGCUCAACAUAAUUAUAGGGGAUGCAAGCCCUUCGGCGUUGGGGCUGGGACCCGCCGUCGCCUGAGAAGAUCUCAGUCGCAGCCUUUCCCGAUCUGUAGACAAGCCGUGGUGGUCGGUAGCAACACAUGUGCAUGUAACAAAGUUUUUUUUUUCUCGCCGGUAAAACAGUUGGUUUCAGAGGCAUUUGUCUCUUGUUUCUUGGGUGGAUUUAUUGCGUUUGCCAGGAACAGGCGAACAGUUUUUUUGGCACUGUAUUUAAUUGCA